CUUGCACGUGAAACGAAACCAAAACCUCCUCUCUCCCUCAUGGUGUGACGUCUUUUACUUCCUGCGUUUCGUCGCGUUUCUACAGCUACGUAAUCCCCUUUAAACGUGUCUCCCCGUAAUCGCGUUUGACGUAUCUGAAAAUAGAACGUUCUAUGUAACCGAGCCUGGCUUCGUUCCUCCUAAUUGGAUAAUAAAUUUGACGCGCCUCCGAUGGCGGCUUUGCGUAUGGUGCGAAUUAUCAAAUAAAUUAUCCACCAGGUUAUUGUUCAACUACAUAAAUCGCAGUGGGCUACGCGAUCAUUUAAAAAUUUGUAUAAUUCAGUUGGUCAAUUAUAUCGUUCAAGAGAUUUUAGAUAUUCGAUGAGAACGCAUCACACCGUCAAUUGUCCUCGUUUCGGAAAUUAAACGCUGUGAAAACUCGUUCGCUUAAAUAAAAAGUAGAAAGAAAAGAAGGAGAGAAAAGAUGUAAGAAGAAAAAGACUUUUCACGCACGGUACGCGUUGCUCGCGGGUAAUGCAAUUUUAUCGGCCACUUUUCCGCUUCUUUCGCCGCGAAGCGACAUGGUCUUCCACUGAAAUAUCAUUGCGAGCCAGAGGCGGCGAAGAAACGUGGAUAUUUGUGCGAUUGCAAAAGGGCAUUCGCUGCAGGCGAGAUCUCGGAGCGGAAAGAGCGAAUUACCAGAAGAACACGGCUGUAAUAACCGCUCCUUUUUCUCGAUGACACGUAAUUGCCCGAGAGGAGCACGUGAAAUAGCGUAUCAGAAGCGGAUAAAACGGUCUAUCAAACUCGUACACGUACGCGGACGUGUGUACACACUCGAACUGGUUCGUGAUCGAGGUGAAAAACGGGAAAUUAUAGGAAAUCGCGAACUACCGGCCGCAGGCAACGAUCCUGGUACACGAGCGAGGACACGAUCGAGAAUUGUAGAAAUUGAUAACCGUGAAGAAGUCACUCGCGCCGGAUGAAUUAUGUAUUUAGCGGAAACAAUGGAGCACGGUGACGUGCUCUGGUUACCGUCGCUGUUUUCUGGCUUUGGAACAUGUUCGAACGUGGUGACUGUGGAUUAAUUUGCUUGUAAUUCGUGCGGACAGACUUUGGAGAAGCUUCCUGAUGUUUAGCGAUGGGGUAUGCUUUGGCUGGAAAAAUGUCAGGCGGCGAGUGAACACAAUCGAUCAACGUGUAGGAUAUAAAAGUUCUCGUAUUCGAAAAGCUCAGCGAUAAUUUAGGGUACUGGGGAUACCAUAGGCAGGGUUCGUGUCAAGCUGGAUUGGGCGCUGCCAUGUCCAAGAACGGUGAGAGGCUGUUCAUCGGAGCGCCAGGAAGUUGGUACUGGCAAGGUCAGAUAUACUCGAUCAGCACCGCAUUGAGAUUGGAGUUCUUAGCGACGAUGUUUGUCAUCCCCGAAGCAGAUGCAUCAGGCCAAGCGUUUUCACAGCCGUUGAACAGCCGCGCGAGAAUAAUGUUCACGAAGGAAGGGCCAGCCACCGAGGACGAUAGCUACAUGGGUUACUCUGUCACGACCGGCGAUUUUAUUGGAAACGGUGACAGCGGCACCGCCGUCGGCGUACCUCGUGGCUCCGAUCUCCUCGGCAAAGUCAUUAUCUUUACCUCGAACAUGACGAAUCAUCGCAACAUCACCGGAGAGCAAAUGGGAGCUUACUUUGGUUACGCCGUUACUUCUGGCGACAUCGAUGGCGAUGGACUAGACGAUCUCAUAGUUGGUGCGCCUAUGUACACGGUGCCAGAUAACCCGGAAAUGACCAUCGAGACCGGAAGGGUGUACGUGAUCUAUCAAGGCGUUGGAGCUGAAAAAUUCCGCAAAGUUGACUCUAGGGACGGAGAGAGCAACCGCGGACGAUUCGGCUUGUCACUGGCCUCUCUGGGGGACAUCGACCGUGACGGUUAUGGUGACUUCGUGGUGGGUGCUCCUUACGGUGGUUUACGUGGUCACGGUGCCGUGUACAUCUAUCACGGUUCGUCAACCGGCGUUCUCGAAAAGUAUUCCCAGGUGAUCUACGCUGAAAACCUCGAUGUACCGGUGAACACGUUUGGAUUUUCCGUGUCUGGUGGCCUCGAUCUCGAUGGAAAUCGUUAUCCAGAUUUGGUGGUCGGUGCUUACGAAUCUGCCACCGCUAUAUUCUUCAGAUCCAGGCCAGUCAUCAAGAUGGAUUCGUACGUGUCCUUCGAUCUGGAGUCGAAGUUGAUCUCUCUGGACGAUAGAAAUUGUACACUAUCGGACGGCAGCAGAGUCACUUGCCUUCCUCUGAGAGCUUGUUUCAAAUAUAGCGGAGAAGGUGUUUUCUCGAGGCAUAAUUUCAAUAUUCAGUACGCCCUGGACGUGAAGAAGACAAAGAGUCCGAGAUUGUUCUUCUUGGAGCUGGAGGGAAGGAACACGAUGAAUCGAACGAUCAUGGUCGAUCGCGAACGACAGUUCUGUCGCACCGUUCAGGUAUACGUGACACCGAACAUUCGCGACAAGCUUACAUCCCUGGACGCCGAGAUGCGGAUGAGUCUCGACGAGGAACGCUACGAAGACACUCGACCGAGAGACCCUAGACUCUCCUUGCGUCCCGUUCUGGGCUCCACGACGUCCAGGAAGGACUCUCUGUCCAUCAGAAAGAACUGCGGCUCCGACAACGUGUGUAUCCCAGAUCUGCAGAUGAACGUGACAUCGAACGUGCAGAAGUACCUGCUAGGCUCCGGCAAACGGCUGCAGCUAGACGUGUUGGUGCAGAACAUGGGAGAGGACGCUUUCGAGUCGACGUACAACUUGAAACUACCCGCUGGUAUCGAUUACAUCAAAGUGGAGAAGAUCGAGACCAUGGGGGUGCCUGUUCAAUGUUCGGCGCCCAAACAAUCAAAUAACAAUACUCUUCGUUGCGAUAUUGGCAAUCCACUGCAGAAGAACGGAUUAGUUAAAUUCAGAGUAUUGUUGCAACCUGUCACGUCGCAUGGAAUGAAGCCGAUUUACGAGUUCGAAAUGGACGUGAACACCACCAAUCCUGAGAAUCCGUACACGACCGACGAUAAUACGUAUACCUUGAGAUUGCCAAUUUGGAUCGAGACCGAUCUACGAAUAGACGGUGAAAGUAAACCGAAGGAUCUGUAUUACAAUCCGGAUAAUUAUACCAGCGAGAUAAAUGUUACUACGGAGGCGGAGUUUGGACCAGCUAUGACGCACAAUUAUACUAUUCGGAACCAGGGCCCGUCGGACGUUAUCGAAGCGGAGGCUUUUCUUAUUUGGCCUGCUCAAACCUUGGCUGGAGACACGUUGCUAUAUUUGUUGGAGCAACCGGAAACUUCUGGACCCAUCGCCUGUGAACCUGCCAAUGCAAAUUAUCUUAGUCUGAAGCUGGACCAACGCAGAAGUAUGUACUGGCAUCACCCAGAUCCAUCGGGAGUGAUCCUGGACGAGUCCCAAUCAGGCAGAACGAUUAACGUGCAACGAGGCUUCGACAUGGAUAAAAGUAAACUGUCCCAGAAAGAAGAGUCCGAGAUCAACACCGGAGACAGUUCCAACAUCCAGAAAUCUCGUCAUUCCUCCUCCUCUUCGUCUAAAGCGAUCACCAGUGAAACAAGAAGGUUCCAAUUAUCCGACACUGGGAGCAAACCAGACGUUCUAAUCACCACCUACACUCAAAACAAUUCAGGGACCAGCUCUAUAAAUACGGCAGACUUAGCCGCUGGCAACAGAGGCGUGAUCUUUCACACGGAGUCUGGCGGUUACGGAGAGACGGCUACGUUGGGCGGUGGUUUCCGGCCCAGUGACGGUAACAGUCUAGGUGCAAGAGUACCAGACUUCGAAGGAGGCCAUGGAUCGUACGUGAACCAUUCGGAAACCUUCGUAAACCGCUGGGGUGAGACCAGCGUUUCUGGAGGUCGCUCGUCUUCGUCGGAUAAAUACGGCUCUAACGUAAACGAGAACGAUGAAAGCUACCAGGAGCUAUUGAGACAACGACAGGCACAACGUGAACGCGAGGAGGAGGCUCGAUUGGAGCGUCAGAGAAAAAAGGAACAACACAUGGCCGCGCAAAGACAACGAGAGGAGCAAGAACGUUUAUAUUAUCAGAGGAGACAGGAAGAAGAACGCAGAAGGGCGGACGAGGAGAUGAGGAAGAGACAGGAGGAGGAACGAAGACAACAGCAAGAAGAAGAGAUACGAAGGCAACAAGAGGAACAACGAAGAAGAAUAGAGGAAGAGGAAUAUAGGCUGGAGCAGGAGAAACGUUACGGCAGUUCCUCCGAACAUCGUGGAGUUCAGAGUGGUUUCAUCAGCGGUGAUCGAGAAGAAACUGUACGAGGAGGCGAAUUCGGAUUCCAACUACGUAACGUCAGCUCCACGCAGGAUCUGGCACGACUGUUUGGAUCCUUGUCGAAGUCAGCGACUGGUUACGAAUUGUUCAACAGACAGGGCAAGCAAUAUGUUCAGUUUAUGGGAAGAUUCCGAAAUUCUGCCGACAGAAGGGAGUAUAUAGAGUUCCAAGAUGGAUCUACGUUUCCUCUUCAGGACCGUUACGGAGGAGAGAGUUACGUUUCUGGACCUACGGAGAACAGAGACGGUAGAUUCUUGAAGAUAGAGGGUGAACUUCUGGUCGAUUCGAGCGGAAAAGGGUUCAUCGUGCUUAAAGAUGGUCGCAGAUUCCCUCUGCAGGGCUCGUUUACCUACACCGAGGAAAGAACCUAUACGUUGGAUCCAUAUAGUUACCAGGGAGGUAGAACCGGUAGCGAAUACGAAACGAAGGGUUAUAGUAAAUCCUGGAACGAAGAAUCUAGCCAAGCUGCUGGCAUAGGAAGCGACUACGAGUCCAAGUAUACCAGCACGCACGAGGAAAGAAGAAUAGAAGACAGAAGAGUAACUAGCAGAGUUUACGGAAGAGAGAACCGCGAUACUCCCGAGGAACGUUUGUCGACUAAGAUUCCAAAUUCCAACGAUGGUUCUAGAUUCAGACGAGAAAGCGAUAUGGUUAAUGUGAGGGAAUUUAAAAAAUUCGAGAAGCUCCAUAGAAUACCUAGGGAUCUUGAAAACGAUCCUUUAAUGCCAGAAGCAGAAUUCGGCGAGGAAGAUUACGAGAGCGAUCUAAGAAAGCAGGAACCGGUUAGUCUUUGCAAGACAGCCAAAUGCGUGAUGCUGAGAUGCGUUUUGGGUCCACUGAAGAAGGACCAGGAAGUUUGGAUCGGAGCUAGGUACAGAGUGGACGCAAGGACGCUGAAGAAGGUCGCUCUGCAGGAAAAAGUCAGGGUUUCGACUCGAUUGGAGGCACAAGUCACCAAGCAACCGUUCAUAGGCGCACCUGCCGAACAGGUGAUCAAGAGCCACGAAAUUAAGACGAACGUCGAGCCAAGCAUAACACCAUCUGCGCCGGAUGUUAUUCCGCUCUGGGUCGUGGUACUCUCUGCCUGCGCUGGAACGAUCAUUCUAUUACUGCUUAUUUUCCUGCUGCACAAGUGCGGGUUCUUUAAGAGGAAUAGACCGUCAGAUGCACCAGAAAGGCAACCAUUGAACAGGAACGGCCAUUUCCAGCAGGGUGACGACCACUGAGAAAAAGGGCCCAGUAUCCAUCGAUGGAAUUCAUUUCAAAUCUCGAAAGUCGGACUGAACGAACGAGCCAGGGAGGGCCUUUUAAUCCUCGAAUCUCGCGAAGGAACAAAUUUACCCACUGCCUGGAUCACGGCUCGUCCUAACUGUAAUACAGUCCCGUGUCAAGCAACACUGUGACUGAUAUUACGAUUAUUGUAAUUAACAAAAUCGCGAGUGCCUUUAUCUCCAGCCCCGAACGAGGAAACUGCUCGAGCAUUUUUACUUACAUCGAAUUACGAACGAAUAGGCGAUGUAAAAAAAGGUUCUGGGGCGAAUCUGCGAUUAUUUUCUACUGCCACUGAAUACUCCUUCCAGCUCCUGCAGCUCGAUCAUGCAAGUUUCUAGUCAGGAGACGUUUUUCUUUUUCUUUUAAUUAUUAUUAUUAUUAUUAUUAUUAUUAUUAUUAUUAUUAUGUCAUUUUUUAAUUACCUGUAAUUUACUUAAGCCACAUGCUCGUCGAUGAUUACGAGCGAAUACGAAGAUCGAUCGAACUGCCUCGAUGACGUGGAGGUCGAAGUGGCCUGCAGAUACACCUUGCAAUUUAUGGAAAAUAGAUUGCACUUUUUCACUCCGUGUAGAAUUUAUCAUAAUCUUUCCUUUUUUUUUUAAAGGAAAUGUCCGCUAUGGAGAAUUCUGAAAAAAUAAGAUCAAAGAGUGAACGAGUUUUUUUUAUUUUAUCGGUCUUGUACAAACGCUGAUUAUAUUCCGGGGCUCGAGCAAUUGCAAAAUAGUUGAGAUUACCAAGAGAAAAAUGUCUAGUUCUGUGUUGUAAAUAUACUAUAGUAUAUUUAUUCUGGCUUACCUGGUGGAAUAUUCAGAAUAAUAAUUUAUUAAUUCUAUUUUCCAUUAGAAGAACGUUUAAUCGGCUCGAAUGCUUCGAUUCACGUCGAUAGAGAUCUCAUUCGUCGCCGACAUCGGCAGUCGAUUUUAUAUUUGUUCUCCUUCUUAAAACAAGCUCGAGAACGGGAGUUUUCGAUUAUUUAUUAAAAUUUCUACAUUAUUAUAUGUAUAUGUAACGUAUGAUAGAGCGUCGUAACGUGAAACCGGGGCUUGCCCUGACUGUAUGUGUGUACAAUCUUGUAAAUUAUUAACUGUAUUACUAAAAACCGUUCAGAAAGUAACUUAGCUAACACAAAUUAAUAAUUGUGUAGGGAGCAAACGAAUUUCUGAAUAAGCGGGAAAGUAGAAACUGACUUGUACAUACAGACUUAAGGUGUAAUAUUAAAAGAAAAAAAAAAUAUAUAUGUAUAUUAAUUAAUAAUAUUAUUAAUAUUAAAGACGGUAUUUUAUUUUUAAACGUGGGUGAAAAAUCGCCUCUGAUAAAAUUACUUUAUCAAUUCUAAGAAAUCUAGAAUUUUUUAACGAGAAUAAUUUUGAAAAUAUAUGUCAUGAAAAUGGAGAAUUAAUUAAUUUUUCAUUGAGACCAACUAGUGAUCUCGGUGGGAUGAUCCCCCUUUAUUUCAAACUUAUUCCCUGUUUUAAAUAAAUUCGUAUCCUUGUAUCAGGAGAUUCGUCACAAUAUGAUGAGAAACGAUUAAUUUUUCAUAUAUCAUUUAUUAGAAAAAUCACAAUGACGUAACAGCAGUAGACAUAAAACAAAUGCAUGAUUAGCAUGAAUAUCAUACUCUCACUGUUGUUUCUACGAUAGUUGUAUGGAUCGUUUUUCGUUAGACCUGCGUUAAUUUGUAAAGUUACGUCGCGCAUAAAUGAUAAGAAAAUUGUUCCAGAUAUAAAAAAAUAUAUCUUUCGAUAAUCUUGA